CAUAUUUUGCCCCGUCUCACACAGCUGUGUGUGACCACCGCUAAUGAGCGCAAGCAACUCAUCUGCACUGGGGAAGGCGUCGAAAAGACGAAGAUGGGAUGUCAAAACAAAAUGAUAGUAAAAGGCCACCUCCUCGAGCUCACCAGGCAGGUGACUGUGGGGACAUUCAAAAGAAAUGGCAACCUGACACACCUCAACUGGUCCUCUGACAUGGAAAAGCACUAGCAGUACUCCAAAGGCCCUUUCUCACUGUAGGAGAUUUAAGAGUCGCAAUAGAAAUGACUGCGGUAGAUGACCAGAAUGAUGGCGUCUCUCCAGGUUCAAGAUGGAGCCACUCUGUAUGUUGCUCCAGUAUGGUGCAUGCGCCAGCCAACACAGAGGCGCCAACAAGGAGCGAAUAAGGAGAAAGCUUCAUGGUCCUGGUUCUCAUUCUGAUGGCCUGAAGCUGAGCUGAGAUAGGUUCCAAAGUCACAGUGAGGAUGUCAUCCACAAAUGUGAUGAACCAGCAAAGCGCUCAGUCCUGCUGGUGGCUUCUGACAGAGACCCCACAUGCACGGGUGUACCGGACGAGGAGGUACCGUGUUUAAGGAGAUCUGGGGAAAAGCUUUCAGCCGCAGCAUUCUGAAACAGUGAGAACAUCUAUCAAUUCCCUAUAACAACACACCCCUUUGGGACCAUCUCUUAACAAAACUAUCAGAAUUGCUGGACACAUGUCACAGGUUGAGCAGGAGAUCUUACUUGUACAAAGGAAGAUGUCUGACCUUGAGUCAGUACUGCAGCAGAAGGACAUAGAGUUGAAGGCCUCCGAGACUCAAAGGACUAUCCUAGAACAGGACCUGGCAACCUACAUUACAGAGUGUAGUAGUUUGAAGCGAAGUUUGGAACAAGCUCGUAUGGAGGUGACACAGGAGGAUGACAAAGCAUUACAACUCCUCCAUGACAUCCGUGAGCAGAGCAACAAGCUUCAGGAAAUCAAAGAACAGGAAUAUCAUGCCCAGUUGGAGGAGAUGAGAGUUUCCAUCCGACAGCUGGAGGAGGACCUAUCGGCUGCUCGUCGUCGUAGCGACCUGUAUGAGGCAGAGUUAAAAGAAUCUCGGCAGAACAGUGAGGAAUUGAAGAGAAAGGCUGGAGACUAUCAGCAUCGAUUGCAGAAGGCCAAAGAGCAAGGAAAAGCAGAGGCAGAUGAACUCGUCACCAGGCUGGAAAAGACCAAUUCGGAGCAGCAGACCAAGCUCCAUGAUCUUCAAGAGAAGCUGGCCAAGGCAUUAAAAUCCAGUUCUGAAGCUGCAGACCAUCUCCAUAGCAUGAAGUUGGCCAAGGAGCGCAUGGAGCGAGAUCUUGAGAGGCUACAGAACAAGGAGGAAUCCAGUGACAGUCUGCGAAGACGUCUCCGUGAGACUGAGGAUGGUAGAAAAACACUCGAGAACCAGGUGAAAAGGCUUGAGAUUGUUGAGCGCCGUGAGACCAAAAUGAAGGAUGACAUCCAGAGCAAGGCCCAACAAAUUCAACAGAUGGCAGAUCAAAUUCUGGAACUUGAGGAAGGCCUGCGAGAUUCCCAAGCUACAGCACAGCGAUUGGAAACCCACCUGAAGCAGAAGGAGAAGCUCUAUGAAGACAAGAUUAAGGUGUUGGAGUCGCGAAUGAAGGCGGACAUGGCCGAUAAAGAAAUGCUGGAGUUUAGUCAGAGCAAAUAUGAGGAGGAGGUGCGGGAGAAAUGCAGCAUCAUCAGUGAACAGAAGGCGACUAUAAAUGCAAUGGAAUCUAAAAUGAGCAGCCUGGAGCAGAGAAUUGCUGAGUUGUCUGAGGCCAACAAACUAGCAGCCAACAGCAGUAUAUAUACCCAGAAAAACAUGAAAGCCCAGGAAGAGAUGAUCUCAGAGCUUCGCCAGCAGAAGUUCUACUUGGAGUCCCAGGCUGGCAAGUUGGAAGCCCAGAAUGCCAAACUGGAGGAGCAUCUCGAGAAAACGAGUCACCAAGAGCAUACCCACAAGAGUCGGGUCUUAGAGAUGGAAACCAGGCUCAGAGAGAUUGGACUAGAGCAUGAGGAACAGAAGCUGGAGAUCAAACGGCAGGUGACUGAGGUGACACUUUCAUUGCAAGAGCGCGAAGCCCAGAUCAACAACCUGCAGGCGGCUCGCCGCGCUUUGGAGAGCCAACUGCAGCAUGCCAAGACUGAGCUCGAAGAGACCACUGCUGAGGCUGAGGAGGAGAUCACUGUGCUCAGAGCGCAUAGAGAUGAGAUACAACGGAAAUAUGAUGCUUUGAGAGACAGCUGUGCGGUGAUCACUGACCUAGAGGAGCAGCUGACCUCCCUUACCCAGGAGAAUGCUGAGCUGAAUCGCCAGAACUUCUACCUGUCCAAGCAGCUAGAUGAAGCCUCUGACGAGAGAGAGGACCGACUGCAGCUCAGCCAAGAUGUGGACCAGCUGCGUCGAGAGGUGGCUGACCGAGAGAUGCACCUUAACAACCAAAAACAGAACCUUGAGACACUGAAGACCACAUGCACCAUGUUGGAGGAGCAAGUUCUGGAACUUGAGACAUUAAACGAUGAGCUUCUGGAGAAGGAGAGACAGUGGGAUGCCUGGCGGACAACUCUUGAAGAGGAAAAGAACCAGGCUGAGAGGAGGACUAGGGAGGUCCAAAGAAUGCUGGACACCGAGAAACAGAACAGACUUCGCGCUGAGCAGCGCAGCUCUGAGUCUCGUCAGGCUGUGGAGCAGGCCGUGACGGAGCACAAAGCCGAGAUGUUGGCGCUACAGCAGAUUCUCAAAGACCAGAAACUCAAAGCUGAGAGCCUUGCAGACACUUUGAACGAUUUGGAGAAGAAGCACGCCAUGUUGGAGAUGAAUGCGCGUAGUUUGCAGCAAAAGCUGGAGAGUGAGAGGGAUCUGAAACAGCGGCUGUUGGAUGAGCAAGAGAAGCUUCAGCAGCAGAUGGAUGCUCAGAAGGCACAUAUAUUUCGUCUGACCCAGGGCCUGCAAGAAGCCCUGGACCAAACUGACCUGCUGAAAACUGAGAGAACUGACCUGGAAUAUCAGCUGGAGAACAUCCAGCUCCACCUGCAGGCUGUCUACUCCCAUGAGAAGGUGAAAAUGGAGGGAACGAUCACCCAGCAGACGAAGCUCAUAGACUUCCUCCAAGCCCAGGCCCAUGGAGGUUCAAAGAAGAAAAAGGGUCUUUUUGGGCGUCGGCGCGAGGACCUGUUGGCUGCCAUGGCUGCUCAGGCGCAGGGACAGGGACAGAGUCAAGGCCAGGUCUCCCCUGUGUCCUCCAUCCAACCAGUUCCCCUGCAGUACAGUGACAUGAAGGUAGCGCUGGACAAAGAGCGAACUCGCUGUUCUGAGCUUGAGGAUGCUCUUCAGAAAAUGCGAGCAGAACUUCGGUCUCUAAGAGAAGAAGCUCUCCAAUAUAAGGAUCAUAACACCUCCACAAACCCAGCAACACCACGACAGCAGAUGAUGAUGUCGGCCAUGGUGAAGUCUCCUGACCACCAGCAGGUCCCGCCGAGCCUGAUGUCAUCCAACUCGGGGCGCAGGAAGGAGGUCGCAACACCUGAGGAAUAUAGCCGGCGAAUGAAAGACAGUCAGAGGGAACGAGACCGAGAGAGGGUGCACCACCACACCGCUCACCGCUUCACAGUGGGACUCAACAUGCGUGCCGCCAAGUGUACCGUGUGCCUGGACACGGUGCACUUUGGCCGACAAGCCGCCACUUGUCUCGAAUGCCACGCCCUGUGCCAUCCAAAAUGCUCUCCGUGCCUUCCAGCGACAUGUGGCAUGUCGAGCGACUGCUCUCUGCAUCUGUCCGAGGGCUUGUGUCGGGAGAAAGGCAACUCUUCCGGCCAGCAGCUCAAAGAUGCCAGUGGACACAUGCACCUGGAGGGAUGGAUGAAGCAGCCCAGAAAUGGAAAGCGAGGCCAAGGCUGGGAGAGGAAAUACGUGGUCCUGGAUGGGACCAAAGUGUCCAUUUAUGAGAUAGAACCCAGAGAAGAUUCGGUGAAGCCACUGGAGGAGUUUGACCUGUGCAUGUCUGAUGGAGAAGUGGAGGUUCACGGAGCAGUAGGGGCCACUGAGCUCCCCAACACAGCCAAAUCCGAUGUUCCAUAUGUGCUGAAGCUGGAAUCCCGUUGUCACCCACCUUGCUGGCCCGGGCAGUCCAUUUAUUUCAUGGCUCCCAGUUUCCCAGACAAGCAGCGCUGGGUGGGUGUCAUGGAAUCUGUUGUUGCCGGGGGGCGAGUCUCUCGGGAAAAGGCUGAGGCUGAUGCAAAGCUCCUGGGAAACUCUCUCUUGAAACUGGAAGGAGAUGACAGGCUUGAUAUCAACUGCACCCUUCCACUUACAGAUCAGAUAGUUCUGGUGGGCUCGGAGGAAGGUCUGUAUGCCCUCAAUGUGAUCAAGAACUCCCUGACUCACAUUCCUGGCCUGGGAUCAAUCUUUCAGAUCCAUGUCAUCAAGGAGAUGGAGAAACUGCUGAUGAUUGUUGGGGAUGAGAGGGCACUGUGCCUGGUGGAGAUCAAGAGAGUGAAGCAGUCUUUGGCCCAGUGCCACCUGCCCAGCCAGUCCGACCUGGCGCCGUACAUCUUUGAGACGGUGAAAGGAUGUCAUCUGUUUGCUGCCGGCAGAAUAGACAAUGGAUCCUGCAUCUGUGCUGCAAUGCCGAACAAGAUCACCAUUCUACGCUACAAUGACAAUCUGAGCAAAUACUGCAUUCGUAAGGAGAUUGAAACAAUGGAACCUUGCAGCUGCAUCCACCUGACGAGCUACAGCAUUAUCCUUGGCACCAACAAGUUCUAUGAGAUUGAGAUGAAGCAAUUCGUACUUGAAGAGUUCCUGGAUAAGAAUGACAUGUCACUGGCCUCAGCGGUGUUUGCUGCCUCAUCCCACAGCUUCCCCAUCGCCAUCAUGCAGGUGGCCAGCAGCAUCCAAAAGGACGAGUAUUUGCUGUGUUUCCAUGAGUUCGGUGUGUUCGUGGACACGUACGGACGGAGGAGCCGCACGGACGACAUCAAGUGGAGUCGCCUGCCGUUGUCCUUUGCUUACCGAGAGCCCUACCUAUUUGUCACCUACUUCAACUCACUGGAUGUCAUCGAGGUUCAGGGCCAUGCUGCUUUGGGACCUUUAGUGCUGGCCCACCUGGACAUCCCCAGCCCUCGCUAUCUGGGCCCAGCCAUCUCCUCCGGAGCUAUUUACCUGGCUUCGUCCUACCAGAACAAACUACGAGUCAUCUGCUGUAAGGGCAGCCUGAUCCGGGAGUCGGGAGAGCUCCAGAGGACUGGCUCCAGCAGAGGGAGCCCCAGCAAGCGAGGCCCUCCCACCUACUCGGAGCACAUCACCAAGCGCUUGACCUCGGGCCCCGGCAGCCACGACGGUCUGCAUCGAGAGCCGAGCACCCCUCACCGCUAUAGGGAGGGGCGCACCGAGUUCCGGCGGGACAAGUCUCCGGCGCGGCCCCUGGACAGAGAGAAGUCACCCGGCAGGAUACUGGACAGCCGCAGGGAGAGAUCUCCUGGACGCUUCGGAGAUAGCAACCGACUCGUCGCCGGUUCUGUGCGGACGCAGCUGGCCCCCAUUAACAAGGUGUGGGAUCAGUCGUCGGUGUGAGAGGUCGUCAGGGUUCCUUUUGGACAAGCGAACGAGUCACACUUGACUGACCCAAAUUGCCUGGAACAGUCACGAAUCUUCAUUCGACCAAACAAACCCGAGACACGCUUUUGAGGGGAACCACAUCGGACAGUAAAUUCGGUGGCAGGGAAAACACGUCAAGCAUCUAAUUUAUAAUAGAUCACCGGCGUUUAUGUAAAUAGUGCUUGGAGUUUUUAUAAAGGGAAAAGUCGGCCAGUAAAGCCAUGUCUAUUUUUUUGUAAAACAAGAGUUUCUAAAGACGUUGCAGGGAGACUCACACCCCGAUUAUAACCGAGUUGUAUUCACGGAAGUGAAGAACGGGUCGAAACAUUUUGCACACGAAUCAACGGGAUUUGAACGGGAUAUAAAAACUUACUGGGUGGUUUUCCUCCCCCACACUAAAUGUUAGGUUCUUUCUUCACUGUUAUCUUCUUUGAUAUUCACUCAUAUUUGCCGACAAUGUUGCCUUGUGUUGUUUCCAAAGCUGAGUGCUGCCCUCAUCUUGCUCCCGUUGGUCCACAGCAACUUCUGUCUGUGCAGUGACGUGUAGUAGAUGUCAGAGGUGUCGUUUCUUUAGUGCCCGUUCGACCACCUCAUCAGUGAGCAUGACAUACGGUAUUUAGAGCAGCUUAAUUCUUUCUCCUGGUUAUUUUCUGUCAACCUUUUGUUCAAUAACUAAACAAUGUUAGUGCUAGCUAAAGAUUUUCCUGAUUUUUAGAACUCUGCACAAGACAUUAAACAUAUUUGAAACCUG